AUGGUGGUUGUCGAUUCUUAUAUUGUUGCGAAGACUGACAGGCUGCUGUUGCGGCCCUUGAAACUAGAAGAUGCUGACGACGUCGUUCUGAUGCGCAAAGAUCCGGAGGUGAUGAAGCACACAUCCAUACUCUCGAGCGAUGAUCUUGAGAAGACCAAACAAUGGAUACAAGCAGGCUGCCACGACAGAGACAAUUGUUGGAACUUCGUCAUUGAGCUCCUGCCAUCCAACAAAGCCGACCCCCACACAGCACCACGCGUCAUAGGUCUCAUCGGCGCUGUACGAGCACCUGAGGUCGGCUACAUGCUCAACGCAGACUACUGGGGUAAAGGCUACGCGACGGAAGCCAUGAGAGCAUUCAUGCCUCUCUUCUUCGACCACUUCUCCGGCGGAGAGUACGAGAGAUACGAGUACGCCGAAGCACAUACAGAUCCAGAGCUGGAGAGUAGCCAGAGGGUUCUUCGAAAGGUCCAGUUUGUGCUACACGAAAAGAGGGAGAAGGACUUCGAGAACCCGAUACUUGGGUGGAGGGAUACCUUGGUGUUCCGGAUGGCUCGUCCUGAUGAGGCGGCUUGA